GUCUGUUGACCUUCCGCGGGUUCAGUCAUUUAUUCAGAAGAAAAGCAGACAUGGACAGCAAUGGAAAGAAGGUUAAGUUUAACUGGUUGCAGACUGCCCUCACCCCAUUGGCUCGUGCUCAGGAGCGCAAAGUUGGUUCAGUCACAUCUUCUCCAUGCAAAACACCAGACGGUGAACAGUUGCGGAGCACCUUUCCCCUCAGUGACUCUCCGGGAUCAAAGCUUCUUGGAUCACUGAGUCUAGACACCCCAAAGAGAAAAGCAGAGGUUCUCUAUGAAAGUGGACCUUCGGCAGGCAAAGCCAAGCAGAGGAAACUUUCCUGGACAAACUCAAAUAUUUUCAAAACAUCAACGGAUACGUCUGCUAACAAGUCGCCUACGCAGCCGGAGACCCCUGAGAGUCAGCAAGCAUCAACAACUUCAUCUCACUCUUUCAUCAUGAAAAAGAAACAGAGGACACCUGAGGAGGGAUCAAGGGCUAUCUGCAGGAAGGCGUUAAUUGCAGCCCUUGGCAAUACCAAAGCAACACGGAGCGGUGUCACUGAGAGUAGCUCUCUACCCUCUGUUCAAACUGAAGCACCCAGUCCAGAGUCUCCUCUCAGAAAACCUGUGGGUAGAAGCUACUUGUCAAGCAGCCUCAACAAGUCUGAGGAUGCUGUUGCUUUCAAAGAGGACAACAUUUCUCCCAGUCGAGUGAUUUUGAAAACACAAUUGCAGGAUGACAUUUCAGAAUCAAAAUCAAAUGGAAGGGGCCCAGUCUUUGUGGAGACCACCUCUGAAGACACAUUAUUUCCCCCCCAAAAUGAUUUACAAGUGGACGACUUCAACUCUUCUGUCCCUUUGGAGUAUAUUCCAGAUCCUUUGUUUGGUUUCUCAACUCACCAGAACAACCUGCAAUACCAGACUUCACAGGAAACUAUGGCGUCGUCCUCUGUUUUUAUGUCCACUAAUGAAGAAACUGAGACAGUCCAUGCAGUUGCGGCGGACGAUGGAACAGAGUUCUCACCAUCGCAGAAAACCAUUUGUAUCUCAUUCAAACAGCCCAACCCACCAAACACCGACUCUUUCAACUCUUUCAGAGCUGAGACUCAUGAUCACUCGUCCUUUAAGACAAAUUUACUGGACCCGUUUGCUCUGCCUCUGCUGUCAAAUGUAAGAGAAUCAGGCCGUUCUUUAAACGCUGCUUCGUCACGCAGGCAAAGUGAAGGUGGCUCUUCCACGCGUUUCCCUUCUCGCUCCCCAUUCUCCAGUUGCAACUCUGUGAAAAGAUUGUCCUUGGGGGCUGAACCUUUGUGGACCACUUACCCCCACAGGAACAGUCAGGCUGAGUUCAUUGAUACACACUGCCAUUUGGACAUGCUGUAUGGAAAACUUGGCUUCAGAGGGACAUUCAGCCACUUCCGUCAAGUUUACAGGUCCACUUUUAGUCCAGAGUUUCAGGGCUGCAUUACAGAUUUCUGCAACCCUGAGAUCAUGGUGAAGGAAAGCCUGUGGGAGGGUUUGCUGGCGGAAGAAAUGGUAUGGGGGGCAUUUGGCUGCCACCCUCAUUUUGCCAAAGAUUACUCAAGUGUUCAGGAGCACAAUAUACUGAUGGCAAUGAGGCAUCCAAAAGCUGUGGCAUUUGGUGAAAUGGGAUUGGAUUACUCUCAUAAAAACUCGACCAACACCGCGAGACAAAAAAAAGUGUUUGAACGCCAGCUGCGUUUGGCCGUAGCCAUGCAGAAGCCUCUGGUGAUCCACUGCAGGGACGCAGACGAUGACCUGCUGGCCAUCAUGAAGAAGUGUGUUCCCAGAGAUUAUAAAAUCCACAGGCACUGUUUCACCAACAGCUAUGCAGUGAUUGAGCCCUUCCUGACAGAAUUCCCCAACUUGUACGUGGGCUUCACAGCCCUGAUCACCUACAACAGCGCCACCGAAGCCCGAAAUGCCGUUCGGCAGAUUCCUCUCAACCGUAUCGUCUUGGAAACGGAUGCACCAUAUUUCCUGCCCAGACAGGUUGGUAAAGAUGUCUGCAGGUUUUCCCACCCUGGGAUGGGUAUCCAUACUCUGCACGAGCUGAGUUGGCUGAAGGGGGAGGACGAGGCCACAGUCCUCAACACCAUUCGAAACAACACCACCCAGCUGUACGGCAUAUGA